AUUGUUUAUAGCGUUCUUAAAUUUUAACAUUUCACAAGCAGUUCACAAGAAUGGUAAGGCAAGACACCUUUGUAUAGUACCUUUCAACAACAAGGCAAAAGUGUUUUACAUAAAACAUAAAAGGCAUUAAGAAAGGAAACACAAGACAUUAUAAAAAGACACAUUUAAAUUGAACUUAAAUGAGAAAUAAACUAAAAUAGAAUAAGAGACAAAACAAGAGAGUAAAAAUAACAGUGCAGCUAUGGUGCAGUGUGAGAUAUGAAUAAAUCAUCCCAAACUUACUUUAAUAAAAGAAAAGUCUAAGCUUUGAUUUAAAAGAACUGAGAGUUGCAGCUGUAACCAAACUUUAAUUGGUAAAACUUGCAAACAUGUAUAAAAGACUUCUUCAGGCAUUUCCCCCUUAAUUCCUUAUGCAGUAGCAAAAACAACAGUCUCACACUGGUCAAAAUGAGUGCUGUACAUACAGCAGGGAAACUAAAAAGCAAAACAAAUCCCAAAAACCACUGAACUAUAAGUGAGACUGAGAUGUUUAAUGAGGCUGCUGAAGCCACUGAAUUCUGAGCAACAGUUUGCAGAUUCAAAUAAAAAUUGUGAAGCUGUAAAUGAUGCAACAUGCAAUGGAUAAGCAAUAAUUAAAACCCUCAACUACAAAUGCACUUGUUAAACUACUUCCGGGAUAUGUGGCUCCGCCCUCUUAAUGGUCUUUCUUAUGGUACAGAAUUUAUGUGUAAGAGCUGAUACAUUUUGCCAAUAGAUGAUCUUUGUAAAGCACCAAAGUUACAUGCAGAGUGGAUCAAAUCAAUUAUUUAACUGGUAAAAUCAUCUGUUAGGAAAGUCAUUGAUGUGCUUUGGACUGCAGCUCAUCUGACUGUACAGAGUGCUGUGUUAAAUCAUCAUGGAGAAAGUGCAGCAGAUGAAAAACACCCUCCAGCUGUGCGUAGACAGACAUCAAGACGAGCUACACAGUUUGAGUCGGGACAUUUGGAGCCGUCCUGAACUCGCCGGUAAUGAAACACAUGCGCAGGAGAGACUCGUCCGCUUUUUCUCUCAGGAGGACCAGGCAUGGACGGUGGAAAGUCACUACAAGCUGCCGACCGCAUUUCGGGCCAGCUGGGGUCCGGUCGGCGGCGGGGAGGGUGACCCGGUGCUGAAUGUGGGGUUCCUGUGCGAGUAUGACGCGCUGCCCGGUAUCGGGCACGCAUGUGGGCACAACCUGAUUGCAGAGGUGGGAGCUGCGGCCGGUCUGGGGCUGAAAGCAGCUUUAGAAAGCCAGACUGAACUACCAGUCCGAGUGAAGGUAACUGUUCUGGGAACACCUGCAGAGGAAGAUAUAGGAGGAAAGAUCGACCUGAUCAAAGCAGGGGCUUUUGCUGACAUCGACCUCGUCUUCAUGGCUCAUCCAGCUCAGCAGGAUGCUUCAUUCCUCCCUUGUGUUGCGCUCCAUGAGGUGUCAGUGAAGUACCAUGGGAAGGCAUCUCACGCAUCUGCAUACCCCUGGGAGGGAGUGAACGCCUUAGACGCUGCAGUGCUUGCCUACAAUAACAUCUCUGUACUCAGACAGCAGCUCAAACCAGAGUGGAGGCUUCACGGCAUCAUCAGACACGGAGGGCUGAAGCCCAACAUUAUCCCCUCCUACACCGAGUUAGAGUUCUAUCUACGCACACCGCUGGUUAAGGAUCUUUUUGACCUGAAGGCUAAAGCGGAGGCUUGCUUCAGGGCAGCCGCUGCAGCUACCGGCUGCCAAGUGGAGAUAACCUACCCAACCCAUGCCUACUACAACAUUCUGCCCAAUGCUACACUGGCAAAUCUGUAUGAAAAUAAUGGGAAAGCUUUAGGGAUUCAGUUUCCAGAGCAGCCAGCCAACUUCUCUGGUUCCACAGACUUUGGCAACGUAUCAUUCAUAGUCCCGGGUAUCCAUCCUUUCUUCUACAUCUGCACCGAUGCGUUUAACCACACAGAGGAAUACAACGAAGCAGCAGGAGCUGAAAAGGCCCAGUUGUACACCCUGAGGGCAGCCAAAGCCUUGGCUAUGACAGCUGUGGAUGUGGUGUGCAACCCUGAUCUGCUGAUGCAAGUGAAAGAGGACUUCAGGCUAGUCAAACUGAAACACGAGAAAUGACUAGAGGGCAGCAGCGCAGCUUUUGGAGCUCCACGAAUACACUAAUAAUAAUAAUAGGAAAAAACAAUAAAGAAUUUUAGGACAUUUUAUAGCUGACAGCAGUCAGGAUUGUGUCACUAGAGCCAAAGAGCACAUUUUGGCAAACAGCAAUUUGCUCGGGUGGUAACCAUCGCAGGAUUGAGCAGUACAACUGCAGCUCAGUGUGGUACGUAAUAUUUAUAACAACAAAUACUUCCUUCGUAGAGUUGGAGGAACUCAUGGGCACAAACUUAGAGCCAAAUUGUGUUGUUGACUUGUGCUUGGCGAGGUUGGUCGUGUGUAAUGUUCUUUUAGGUGGUGUGGUGCCAGGAACUGUUACCUUUGCACAUGAAGUAAUACUGUAACCACCACAAUUUUAAAAACAAAUAUAGCUUAUGGAGAGUAUACAAGUGUAAGCUAACCAUCCUACAGACCCACAGAGCUGCUAGCAUGACGGCAGACUCUUAGUCUUUAUUUUAGAUGUUUGACUUUGACUUCAAUGUGAUUUUAUUGAUGAUGAUAGGUUUUUUUUUGUUUUGUUUUGUUUUGAUUUAUUGUACUGUAACCACAAUGGAAGUUAGCUUAAAACCUUAUUGUGUCAUCCUGACACAAUAAUGCCAUCCUUGACAUUUUUGUGCAUCUGACUGAAUUCUUCCUUUUUGUAAUGUCAAAUAAACUAAACCAGGGGUUUUUCAAAGUC